UUUUUUUACACUGAUUGCUUUUUCACCCAUAAAGGAUGUAAAAGCAAUCAUUUCUCCUUCUCUCUAGCUGCAUUCUUGCAGCCAUUGAGAACUGAUUGGUCACAGUUUGUCACAUGGUACAAGGCUGUUGUGAAUAGCCUUGUACCAUGUGACCUCUGUGAUCAUUCACAGAUUUCACACGUAUGUCACCAUGGUGACACUGUACUACUUGUGGGGGGUGAUGAAGAUUUUUACAGUGAUUGCUUUUACACCCAUACAGGAUGUAAAAGAAAUCAU